ACAUAUCAUGGGUUCCUUAACCGUCUUUACUGUUCUUGAAAAUUCCCAAGUAUCGCCACCAUACACUACCGUAGGUGACAGGUUGUUGCCACUCACCUACUUCGACUUCCUAUGGCUAAGGCAACCUCCAGUUCACUAUCUAUUCUUUUAUCAGUUGUCUAUCACACAAACUCAAUUCAUUGAAACUAUUAUUCCCAGCCUUAAACACUCGUUAUCAAUCACUCUUCAACAUUUUUUUCCACUCGCUGGUAACUUGAUUGUGUAUCACACUUCUACCAAAAAGCCAGAAAUCCGUUAUGUUAAAGGUGAUUCUGUCGCGGUUACUUUUGCAAAAUGUGACCUUGAUUUCAAUGAACUAACUGGAAACCAUCCCCGAGAUUGUGAAAACUUUUACCAUCUUAUCCCUCAAUUAGGUCAGGCUUAUAAAACUUCAGAUUUCACAAAGAUCCCCGUGUUCUGUGUUCAAGUGACACUCUUUCCAAACUCUGGAAUUUCUAUUGGAAUGACGAAUCACCACUGCCUGGGUGAUGCUAGCACUAGAUUUUGUUUCUUGAAGGCAUGGACAUCGAUUGCUCGAUUUGGUUCAGAUGAGUCGUUCCUAGCUAAUGGAACUUUGCCAAUUUAUGAUAGACCGAUCCAAAAUGCGAAACUUGAUGAAAGUUAUUUGAGGUUUGCAAAUGUUGAAAAUUUUGAAGAUUAUCAACCUCCAAAACUAGGCGGACCAACUGACAAAGUUCGCGCCACCUAUAUUUUGCCUCGACCUUUGCUCAAUAGGUUGAAAAAUUUGGUUUCAACAGAACUACCAACAUUAGCAUAUGUAUCAUCUUUUACUGUUGCAUGUGCUUAUAUCUGGAGUUGCAUGGCAAAAAUGCGCAACGAUGGGCUGCAAAUGUUUGGCUUCGCCAUCGAUUGUAGGGCACGCAUGAAUCCCACACUCCCAGUAACCUACUUUGGCAACUGUAUUGGAGGAUGCAUAGCUAUGGAAAAUAGCACACAAUUAACCGGACAAGAAGGGUUUGUGACCGCUGCAAAAUUGAUUGGAGAAAAACUACAUAAGACUUUGACCGAUAAGGAUGGAAUUGUUAAAGAAAUAGAAUCAUUCAAGGACUUGUUUUCCAACGGGUUUCCUACAACAACGAUCUGGGUUGCUGGAACACCAAAGCUCAAGUUUUAUGACAUGGAUUUUGGGUGGGGUAAACCCAAAAAGAUCGAAAUAGUUUCGACUGAUUAUAAUGGGGCGAUAUCCGUAAAUGCUUGCAAAGAGAAAAAUGAAGAUCUCGAGAUUGGCGUUUCCCUUUCGAGAACCGAGAUGGUGUCUUUCGUUCGUAUCUUUGAGGAUAGUUUAGAAAAAUAUAUCUAGAUGCGUCAUAUUAUUAGAUCCUUGUUGAGUUA